CUGCGAACUUCCUUUCAGCCCCGGGCUGUGGGAACAUAACAUCGAAACCCCCACGCCUCACAGAAAAUAAGCCCUGAAACCCCCUUUUUAUAACAACAGGAAUCCAUUCAUUGAGCAUUUCUACAUUUUAAACACGUGAACACCAACUCCCAAAAUGCCACAGAACGAGCACAUUGAGCUACACCGUAAGCGCCAUGGUUACCGGCUCGACCACCAUGAGAGGAAGAGGAAGAAGGAGAGUCGUGAGGCGCAUGAGCGCUCACACAAAGCCAAGAAGCUGAUUGGCCUGAAAGCCAAGCUCUACCACAAACAGAGGCACGCCGAGAAGAUCCAGAUGAAGAAAACCAUUAAGAUGCACGAACAGAGAAGAACCAAACAGAAAGACGACGACAAGACCCCAGAUGGAGCUGUGCCAGCAUACCUGCUGGACAGAGAGGGCCAAUCACGUGCCAAGGUUCUCUCCAACAUGAUCAAACAGAAGAGGAAGGAAAAGGCUGGGAAGUGGGAGGUGCCCGUACCAAAGGUGCGUGCUCAGGGCGAGACGGAGGUGCUGAAGGUGGUUCGCACGGGGAAGAGGCAGAAGAAGGCCUGGAAGAGGAUGGUCACCAAAGUCUGCUUCGUCGGAGAUGGCUUCACGCGCAAACCGCCCAAAUACGAGCGCUUCAUCAGACCCAUGGGUUUGAGGUUCAAGAAGGCACACGUCACUCACCCUGAGCUGAAGGCCACAUUCUGCCUGCCCAUUCUGGGCGUGAAAAAGAACCCCUCCUCCCCUCUCUACACCACCCUCGGGGUCAUCACCAAGGGAACGGUCAUCGAGGUCAACGUCAGCGAGCUUGGCCUGGUCACCCAGGGCGGCAAAGUCAUCUGGGGGAAAUACGCCCAGGUGACAAACAACCCGGAGAACGAUGGCUGUAUUAACGCAGUGCUGCUGGUAUAACAGAACUCUGCACCACCUAAUGUACUGAUCACAGCCUUGGGCCAGACCACACAGAAUAUCGGCAUUCCCAUCCAGCAUACGGAAGCCCUGCACUCCUGGACCUGAGUUGGGAUACUUUGGAACUUGGGAUUUUGUGUGUGUGUGUGUGUGUGUGUGUGUGUGUGUGUGUGUGUGUGUUGGAUGGAUGGAUGGAUGGAUGGAUGGAUAACACGUGCGUGGGUGGAUGGAUGAAUGGAUGGAUAACACAAACGUUAUCAGUGUUUUAGAGCUGUGGGUCCUGAAACACACUGUUUAGUGUUUCUCCUGCAGUGGCUGCCUGGUUCAGCCUGCCGUCUGUCUGAAGCAGGGCAGACACUAAACCCUGCAGGACGGGCCUGAGAGACCCUGGGCUUUACACCGGUGUGUGCGCGCGCGUCAGUUUAAAACAGCAGCGGGUUCAAUAAAACACGUUUUCACCGGGUGGGA